GGGUCGUCUCCUGCAGCCGACAUCCUGGUCUACAUCAACGACAGCUGCGUGCUGGGCCGCUCUCAUAAAGAGGUGGUGGAGAUGCUGAAGUCGGUGCCGAUGGGUCAGAGUGUGGACGUGGUGCUGAGGAGAGGAUACCCGAUGCUCUACAACCCCGACGGGUGUCCCAAGCAGAGUCUGGAGACGCCGCAGACCCUCAGCGAGCCCUCCAACCCCCCCACUCUCAACAGAGGCCCAGCACACCUCACCUACAGCUGCACGCUGGAUUCCAACGGCAGCACAUCAGGAAUGGGGAAGACCCCGCCCUCCUAUCCUGCUCAGCCCAUGACAAAUGGGCUGACAGGCCCGCCCACUCCCAUUUCCUCUGAUCCACCACUGGGUCCACCGCCUCCAGACGUGACAGCAGCCAAUCACAGUGACUCUGAUGGCGGCUUGUCCAGCGCUGGAACUCGAAGGUCUUCCUUGAUUCGCUACAACAGCAGCACCCUCCCCACCCUCUCCUCCUCCUCCCUCCUCCACCAUCAGAGCUCCAAGUCGUCAGAGAGUGACCUGUCCACGUCCACACUCCCCAUCUCCUCCUCCACCCUCCCCAUCAUGUCCUCAUCCUCCAACACUCUGUCCAAACUGCCCCUCUCUCAGCCUGAGACCGCCCUCCACCAGAACUCCACCAGCCCCACCAGCGUUAACAGCCCCCCUCCCUCCGGCACACCACCCGGGGCUCCUGUGCAGCGUUCGCCAAUGCCCCAGACCUCCAUCGCCCUGACCCCACCCAGAGACAUCCCACCUUGUGGCUUUAACGGUUGCCCGGCCAGUCACCAAGCGCCCCCCCUACCCUCCAGAGGAACCUCAGGGCUCGCGCUCCCUCUCGGGGCAGCGCCAGCAGCGUCGGCUUCCAGUGGGGAGCUUGUGCCAGUGGCCCUGGGACGCAGUGAAGGUGGGGGGCUGGGGUUCAGUGUGGCAGCAGGGGGUCAAGGGGGUCAGCUGGCAAUAGUAAGACGUGUCUGGGAUCGACGGCAGUGUCCCUCUCUGCAGACAGGAGAUGCUAUAGUGAAGAUCAACGGAGCGGACGUACAGAGCUUCAGCUUCUCACAGGUGCAGAGAAUCCUGCAGGAACACACCAAGCAGGGGGAGGUGGUGCUGCUGGUCUACAGAGGAGGUCCCGCCUCCUCUCCGGUCGUCACCCCCAACCUCUACAAGCCCCUCCCCUCCCCUCAUGGCCCCACUACCCCCUCUUCAGCUGAAUUGCCUUCACCGUCCACGGGUGCCUUGGUGGGGGGUGUCCCCCCACUCAGCCAGGCUGGCUUGGUCCUCGAGAGUCCCCAGGAGGGCCAUCUACCAGCCCCGGGGACCCACCAAGGGGCCCCUCCUUCCCAGACACCAAACGGACCCCAAGCCUCGGCCCUCAUCCAGAGCACCAGUUUCCUGGACUCGGUUCCUGUGACACUGACCUUGGAGCCACGGGAUUUGCUGGGAGUUCAGGAGAGCGCUGGUGGGCCUCCUGCAAACAGAGGGGGAGGAGCCCUGGGAGCAAUCGCCAAGGACGGGAGUAGGGGUGUAAAGGCGAUGGAGGUGGAACUGAGGAGGCGGCCGGGCGAGGGCUUCGGAUUCGUCAUUGCCUCUCAGGAAGUGACCAACGGGG